AUGAAGUCAGUAUGAUGUCAUUCCAUAUGGUCCAUCCUCCUGUCUGAAAGUGCUGUCAUUUUCUUUAACCACCGGAAAUUUGACUCAGGAGAGGAAUGCAGGACCCGUAGCCAGUUAUAAUGUAAGUAUCUGACUUGUAAUUUUUAUAGACAGUAAGGAACGAUAAACUACAAUCUCGUGUCGGCUGACGUUAUAUAAAAAUUGAUGAGCGAUAGGUUCGAAUCCUGUUCGCUAGCUAACGUUAACUAAUUAGUACAUGUAGCUAGCUAGCUAAUACAUUAGCUAGCUAUCUAAUAUAGCAUUACCAGCAAGCUUUGUAAAAAAUGUAGCUAUAUUUUCUGAAGAAUUUGGUUAUGCCACGACCCAUUCUCACGGCAAGAGUUUGGGGUUUAAUGUUUGUUGUUAUUUCUAGGAAAAAGUUAGCCGCAUCCCGCUAGCUCACAGACUCCAAACGGUAGUUAGCCAGUUAGCAGCUAGUUAGCUACAUAUGGCUAAAGUUCCGUUUUUGCUUGUCAACAAAAAAAUACAUACAUUUGCGGUGUAAUGUUACCGUAAAUACUAUGGAUUAACAAUAUGAAACCAUUGUUUUCCUCGAUCUGGGUAUCAAACGGUUAUCUAAUGUUAAAACCGCAGUGAGACCCUUUAAUCAGCUAGUAGUUGAUGGAAGAAGAUGACGUAAGUAAGACUGGUAUGCAGAGUUCUUACUCCGACUAGCCAAGUUUUUCUUCUCAACUCCACAAUGUUCAUCACAUACGUACAUAUCGUGAAGUCGAAGAAACCCAGCUAAUCUGCUGUGUUGACUUUGGCCAAAUAAGGACGACCACUUUUUGAAGUUUGGGGGGGUUAUGCACAUCAUUGGUUGGGGGUGAAUUUGUUCAGUGUCAAGUAGUUACAUCAAUUUACUGUAUGUGUGUAAACUGAUUGUAUUGACCCCCCUUGUCGCUAAAUUAUGCAGCCUAUGGCAUGCCUACUGUCAAUCUAUGACAUGUAGUAUGGAUUUGAGCUAUUUCUGCUCAUGUCAGCAUCACAUAAGUCUAUCAUUGCCAUGUUAUGGGUCUUCAUUUCCCUGGAAGGUACUAAUAAUCAUGUUUCCCCUGUUCUGUAAUUCAGUGUGAUUCAAGACAGCUUCUAUCAGCAGAAACCUAGUCAGACCAUGGCUGGCUUCAGGCAAGAGGAUGUGGAGGUGUUUUAUGAUAUGGGGGAGGAGCUGGGGAGGUAAGAUCUGACUCGUCUGUCUGUGUACAGUGUUGCUGGAGGAGGAUACAAUGCAGACUCCAUUCAGCUCUCUCAAUGUGUCAGUGGGCAGAAUUUGCACAUUAGGACGAGUAAGGAAAACUCCUACCCAGCGUGAGGCACACUGGGAGAACGCAAUGAAGUGUGCCUACCGUUCCAUCAAUUCCAUUCCAGCCAUUACAAUGAGCCUGUCCUCCUAUAGCUCCACCCACCUCUGUUGCCUACUGAUUCAUAUGUUUUGAAUUAAGUGUUAGGAUGUAUGAGUACAGAUCUCUCUUCACCUUUAGUAACUCUUGUAUGUGAAGUGAAGGCACACUGUGGUCCUCUGUAGCUCAGCUGGUAGAGCACGGCGCUUGUAACGCCAAGGUAGUGGGUUCGAUCCCCGGGACCACCCAUACACAAAAAUGUAUGCACGCAUGACUAAGUCGCUUUGGAUAAAAGCGUCUGCUAAAUGGCAUAUUAUUAUUAUUAUUAUUUAUUAUUAUAAGUGAAACACUAUAUUUCUGCAAAGAUCUUAAAUAUUGAUUGUUGAGCUCUCUUAAUGAUACAAUCCAAAUACCACGUAAUUGACUUGAAAUCCCAUAGCUGGAUGAAAACAUCCAUUGGCAAAUUCCCAGUGUAUUUGUGGGACUGUUUAUUCAACAGCGUAGAACUCUCUGUCCUGUUAUGCAAGCCUGCUCUGUGUUUUUAACAGGUCCUUGUAAACUAAACAGAGUCGGAACACUAAAAUGAAUAAUGUGCUUCUACAGGAUUAAACCUGACUUUGUUCCAAAUGGCACCCUAUUCCCUACAUAGCACAUUACUUUAGACCAGGCUAAAGUAGUGCACUAUAAAGGGAAUAGGGUGCCAUUUGGGACAUACUAAACCUGACUUCCUACCUUUAUAUGGAAGUAUGGGGGGGGGGGGGGGCUGAGUUUGCUCAGAAAGGGCUUGCAGACAUACACUACCGGUCAAACGUUUUAGAACACCUACUCAUUCAAGGGUUUUUCUUUAUUUUUACUAUUUUCUACAUUGUAGAAUAAUAGUGAAGACAUCAAAGCCAUUAAAUAACAAAUGGAACAUUGUAGUAACCAAAAAAGUGUUAAACAAAUCAAAAUAUAUUUUAUAUUUGAGAUUCUUCAAAGUAGCCACCCUUUGCCUUGAUGACAGCUUUGCACACUUUUGGCAUUCUCUCAACCAGCUUCACCUGGAAUGAUUUUCCAACACUCUUGAAGGAGUUCCCACAUAUGCUGGGCACUUGUUGGCUGCUUUUCAUUCACUCUGCGGUCCGACUCAUCCCAAACCAUCUCAAUUGGGUUGAGGUCGGGGGAUUGUGGAGGCCAGAUCAUCUGAUGCAGCACUCCAUCACUCUCCUUCUUGGUAAAAUAGCCCUUACACAGCCUGGAGGUGUGUUGGGUCAUUGUCCUGUUGAAAAUCAAAUGAUAGUCCCACUAAGCCCAAACCAGAUGGGAUGGUGUAUCACUGCAGAAUGCUGUGGUAGCCAUGCUGGUUAAGUGUGCCUUGAAUUCUAAAUAAAUCACAGACAGUGUCACCAGCAAAGCACCCCCAUACCAUAACACCACCACCUCCAUGCUUUACGGUGGGAAGUACACAUGCGGAGAUCAUCUGUUCACCCACACAGAGUCUCACAAAGACAAGGCAGUUGGAACCAAAAAUCUCAAAUUUGGACACCAGACUGAAGAACACAUUUCCACCGGUCUAAUGUCCAUUGCGCGUGUUUCUUGGCCCAAGCAAGUCUCUUCUUAUUAUUGGUGUCCUUUAGUAGUGGUUUCUUUGCAGCAAUUUGACCAUGAAGGCCUGAUUCACACAGUCUCCUCUGAACAGUUGAUGUUGAGAUGUGUCUGUUACUUGAACUCUGUGAAGCAUUUAUUUGGGCUGCAAUUUCUGAGGCUGGUAACUCUAAUGAGGCUGGUAACUCUAUCCUCUGCAGCAGAGGUAACUCUGGGUCUUCCAUUCCUGUGGCGGUCCUCAUGAGAGCCAGUUUCAUCAUAGCGAUUGAUGGUUUUUGCGACUGCACCUGAAGAAACUUUCAAAGUUCUUGUCUUAAAGUAAUGAUGGACUGUCAUUUCUCUUUGCUUAUUUGAGCUGUUCUUGCCAUAAUAUGCACUUGGUCUUUUACCAAAUAGGGCUAUCUUCUGUAUACCACCCCUACCUUGUCACAACACAACUGAUUGGCUGAAACGCAUUAAGAAGGAAAGAAAUUCCACAAAUUAACUUUUAAGAAGGCACACCUGUUAAUUGAAAUGUAUUCCAGGUGACUACCUCAUGAAGCUGGUUGAGAGAAUGCCAAGAGUGUGCAAAGCUGUCAUCAAGGCAAAGGGUGGCUAUUUGAAGAAUCUCAAAUAUAUAUUUUGAUUUGUUUAACACUUUCUUGGUUACUACAAGAUUCCAUAUGUGUUAUUUCAUAGUUUUGAUGUCUUCACUGUUAUUCUACGAUGUAGAAAAUAAAGAAAAACCCUUGAAUGAGUAGGUGUUCUAAAACUUUUGACCGGUAGUGUAUAUUAAAUGGCAGAGCAGAACAUUCAGUUCUUUGCAGACAGACAAGCGCUGUAGACAUAACUUUAGGAAGGGAUAGACCCUCUGGAAUGCAGCAUUUAUAGCUGCUUCUUCUUAUAGCGUUAUCAUGUGGUAAAUCAAAUGGUAGGUGUAAAUGUUUAUUUUUAAAAAAAAAUGCCGCCCACUUUACAUGUUUGCAUAGUCUUUAUCUUAUUACAUAAAAGUUACGAAAGUGCCAGCCAGUGUGUUGCAAUGCGGCCAGUGAACACUAUCGUAUACAAUUUGUAGUCAAGAAUCCUACAUCGCUUUAAAUCGGGAUUUUCCCCAGAUUAGCUAUCUGAAUGUGGCCCAGUCACUCUUUCUUGUGUUUCCGAUGUUUAUUUACAUAUUAUACUAUGUAUCAUCAUCAACCUCAUGAUGUCAUUACCUCUCCUAGCGGACAAUUCGCCAUCGUACGGAAGUGUAAAGACAAGAGCUCUGGCUCGGAGUACGCCGCCAAGUUAAUCAAGAAGCGUCGCCUGUCGUCCAGCCGCCGGGGCGUGAGCCGUGAGGAGAUCGAGAGGGAGGUGAGAGAACCACAAUUGAAAUAAGAAUUCAGGCUUUGUGUUUUAUCCUCAAUCAUUGUAUGUACUGGACCAGCUUUAUGUAUUUUUUUAAAAAUAAUCAAAUAAAAUUCAAGGUGAACAUCCUGAGAGAGAUCCAGCACAGCAACAUCAUCACGCUACACGACAUCUUCGAGAACAAGACGGACGUCAUCCUCAUCCUGGAGCUGUGAGUAGAGCUACACCAGUUGAUAUUAGGGGCUGAUCUAGCUGAUCUGGGAUCAGGUCCUCCCUGUCCAUGUAAUCUGAUUCACUAUGAUCUAAAAGACAAAACUGAUCCUAAAGCAGCACUCUCACUCUGAGCCCCAGACCUGUACUCUAAUAGGAGAUUGAUAAAUGGAUAAAAUAUUGUUAUUUUUUAAACCCGUUCUGUGGUGUGUGUCCCAGGGUGUCUGGAGGGGAGCUGUUUGACUUCCUGGCAGAGAAGGAGUCUCUAACAGAGGAGGAGGCCACACAGUUCCUCAAACAGAUCCUGGACGGGGUCCACUACCUACACUCCAAACGCAUCGCACACUUUGACCUCAAGGUACACAGACAGACACAUACACACAUUCUGGAUGGGGUCCACUACCUACACUCCAAACGCAUCGCACACUUUGACCUCAAGGUACACAGACAGACACAUACACACAUUCUGGAUGGGGUCCACUACCUACACUCCAAACGCAUCGCACACUUUGACCUCAAGGUACACAGACAGACACAUACACACAUUCUGGAUGGGGUCCACUACCUACACUCCAAACGCAUCGCACACUUUGACCUCAAGCUACACAGACAGACACAUACACACAUUCUGGUGGGGGUCCACUGCCUACACUCCAAACGCAUCGUACACUUUGACCUGAAGGUGGGUAGGGUGGACUCUGGGGAAGGAGAAGCCAGGCUGGCAUUGUAAACGAAAGGGCCAUCUUGACAUGACGUAUUUCUUUAAACUCCCACUGGAGCGGCCCGGCUCCUCAUUCAAUGUAUAACUUGAUAAGACUUUUGAGUCAUUGGAACGUCAGUGAAACGUCCGAAAGAUUUCCAGCAUUUGACAAAUAUAAAGUUUGUCUUAAAAAAACAACAACAUCUGUAUUGUAUUAAUAUUAUUAUCUGCAUUCUGAAAUGUUUGUUUGUGUUGUAGCCGGAGAACAUCAUGCUGCUUGAUAAGAACGUUCCCAACCCCAGGAUCAAACUCAUCGACUUUGGCAUCGCUCAUCAGAUCAAAGCUGGAAAUGAGUUUAAGAACAUCUUCGGAACGCCAGAGUUUGUUGGUGAGACCAUAGAGAGAUGUUUGUAAUAUGUAUUCAUAAUAUAAUAAUUUGGUGUUCCACGUAUAUUUCGUAUUUUUCUACAUAUUCCUUUUCCUUAUUAAAACAUACAGUAUAUCUUUAUACAUUUUUAUAUUAUUUAUUUUUUUGUCAUUUUUACCCCCUUUUUCUCCCCAAUUUCGUGAUUUCGAUCUUGUCUCGUCCACUGCAACUCGUCCUCCGAAACAUGACCCGCCAAGCCGCGCUUCUUAACACCCGCUCGCUUAACCCGGAAGCCAGCCGCACCAACGUGUCGGAGGAAACACCGUUCAACUGACGACCGAAGUCAGCCUGCAGGCGCCCGGCCCGCCACAAGGAGUCGCUAGAGUGCGAUGAGCCCACCCGGCCAAACCCUCCCCUAAUCCGGACGACACUGGGCCAAUUGUGUGCCGCAAUAUGGGACUCCCGGUCACGGCCGGUUGUGACACAGCCUGGGAUCGAACCCCAGGCUGUAGUGACGCUGCAACACUACAAUGCAGUGCCUUAGACCGCUGCGCCACUCGGGAGGCACAUACACUAUAUAUCUUUAAAAUAAAAAAAAUCCACAAUGAGCUUAUUGUUAUGGAAUGGGGAAAAUAUUCCUUCAUAUUUGUUUUAAUAAGUGAAGGUCUGUGUGUUGAGAUCUCCCUGAAGACCAUCUGGGAUGAAUUAAAGCUUUAAAGCAGUACUGGUAAUAAUCCUGCUUGUUUUACAGCUCCAGAGAUAGUCAACUAUGAACCACUCGGACUGGAGGCUGACAUGUGGUAAAAUGGACUAAGAUGAUUAUAAAUGUUUUUCUGAUUUUUGAGAAUGUUUUGUUGUUAUUGUUGUUUCUUUACCCUUAAGGUAAAUCUCACUAAUUUGAUGUCCUCUUGUUUCUCCAGGAGUAUUGGCGUUAUCACAUACAUUCUGUAAGUACUGCUUCACAUUACAAUGGUAUCAGUUGAGCAACAUAAAUAGUGUCAAACAUUGUGAGAUUAUUUCUAAAUCUACAGAUUUUUUUUUUGUCAUAUCCUGUACCUGUAUUACAAAUGGACUACACAAGUGAACGUUACUUCGGAGUAAUUCAAUAAUUUACAUGAUGAAAUAGCAAAUAAGUUAUUGUAUAUAACAUUUGGCCGUGGCCUGAAAGAUGACAUGAUACCACUGUUUAACCUUAGGUUGAGUGUUCACAAUAUGCUGUUGGUCUUCCUCAGUUUGAGUGGUGCCUCUCCGUUCCUGGGGGAGACAAAGCAGGAGACUCUGACCAACAUCUCAGCGGUCAACUAUGACUUUGACGAGGAGUACUUCAGCAACACCAGUGAGCUGGCCAAGGACUUCAUCAGACGCCUGCUGGUCAAGGAUCCCAAGUAAGGCUGCUGCACUGUGGAUAGAAUAGGCCCAGGAAUACUCUAGAACACACACAGGGACAUGACAGUAGUCAUUUUGUUUUUGUUUGUCUUGUUAGUUAAUAUAUCAUUGUAGGGACCCUAGCAAGAGAUGAACGUUUACUCAAUCUGCACCAUAGCCUUGGAGAACUUUGGUCUUCAGUGGAAAUGAUAGAAUUGCAAUUAGUAAGGCAUGACAGUAAAGCAGAAAGUACUAUUGGAUUCUUUCUCCAGGAAGAGAAUGACUAUCGAUGACAGCCUUCAGCAUCCCUGGAUCAAGGUAGGCAUCUCUCACAAUCUCAUACAUAUUUUACUAAGAGUGUCCCUCUGCCCUCUUUCAUUUAUAAAGCAACUGUUGGCUUUUUGCACCUGUUUUACUGAUGUUUUACUGAUGUUUUUUUGACCCUCUUUAUCUACUAUCCAUUAACACCCCUCUCCUCCCAGGUGAUCAAAAGGCGGAACGUGCGCCAGGAGGAGAGCGGGAAGAAGCCGGAGCGCAGGCGCCUGAAGACCACGCGUCUAAAGGAGUACACCAUCAAGUCCCACUCCUCCAUGCCCCCCAACAACACCUACGUCAACUUCGAACGCUUCUCCCAGGUGCUGGAGGAGAUCGCUGCUGCCGAGGAGGGGCUGAGAGACCUGGAACAAAACCAGAGGUAAGAGGUAGGAGGAGGAGGUGGUGGUAGGAGGAGGAGGUGGUAGGGCGGAGGAGGAGGUGGUAGGGAGGUAGUGGGAGGGAGGGAGAAACAGAUGGAUGGACGGAUGAAUUAAUUAAUUAGAUUAUUAAAAAUGCAUAUAAAGCCUCUGUAAUUGGAUACAACAUAUCUAUACCAUACAUUCUAACAUCUCCCUCACUUCUCCAGGUCGUGCCGGGAGGACGUGGCUGCUCUCCUGUCUAUCUACGAUGAGAAAGAGGGCUGGUACAAGGAGGAGAACCAGAGCAUUGCCAGCGACCUGAGUCACAUCCGCCAGGAGCUGCAGCGUACCCAGGCCCAGCGCAGGCAGAGCCAGGAGGACGCCCGCGCCACCAUGCUGGCUGCUAAUGCCCUCAAGAGGAGGUUUGGCCGUCUGGAGAACCGCUACGAGGUCUUGGCAGAACAGGUGGCGUCAGAGGUGCGCUGGGUGGAGGAGCUGGUCAGGGGGAUAGAGAAGGAGAAGGACAGCCUCGUUAUGCCCUGAGGCCAGCCUGGCAUCUAGUAUCACUGACCUGGUCAGG